CGGGCGGGCGCGCGUCGAGAUGGCCCGGGCCGAGCGGGGCUGAGCCCGCCGCCCGCCCGCCCGCCGGCCCGCCGGCCCAGCCAUGGCGAAGCAGUACGAUGUGCUGUUCCGGCUGCUGCUGAUCGGGGACUCCGGGGUAGGCAAGACCUGCCUGCUGUGCCGCUUCACCGACAACGAGUUCCACUCCUCGCACAUCUCCACCAUCGGUGUUGACUUUAAGAUGAAGACCAUAGAGGUAGAUGGCAUCAAAGUACGGAUACAGAUUUGGGACACAGCGGGGCAGGAGAGAUAUCAGACCAUCACAAAGCAGUACUAUCGACGGGCCCAGGGAAUAUUUUUAGUCUACGACAUUAGCAGCGAGCGCUCUUACCAGCACAUCAUGAAGUGGGUCAGUGAUGUGGAUGAGUAUGCACCAGAAGGUGUCCAGAAGAUCCUUAUAGGGAAUAAGGCUGAUGAAGAGCAGAAACGGCAGGUGGGAAGAGAGCAAGGGCAGCAGCUGGCUAAAGAGUAUGGCAUGGACUUCUACGAAACAAGUGCCUGCACCAACCUCAACAUUAAAGAGUCCUUCACGCGCCUGACCGAGCUGGUGCUGCAGGCCCACAGGAAGGAGCUGGAAGGUCUGCGGACACCCGCCAGCAAUGAGCUGGCCCUGGCGGAGCUGGAGGAGGAUGAGGGCAAACCCGAGGGCCCGGAGAACUCUUCGAAAACCUGCUGGUGCUGAGCAUCUUGCGUGGAGCGCCCCCGCCCCGCACAGUCCCCUCUCCCCGCAGGAGGGCUGCGGGCACACAGGGAGCCUGGGCUUUGCCCCGCUUCUCUUCUCCUUCGGGUGACCCUGUGGAAUCUCGGCCGCUGCUCCUCCCCCUGCCUGGCUCUGGGGAGCAGCUCCUCUGUCCUGUCCGAGCAGCCUCGCCCCCCUCCCCCCGCCCUCCCCCCGGGAUGGCCCCCUCCAGCCUGUUUCCCCAGCCACAGGCCUGCCUUGAGCCCCUGAUGUGCUACGAGCACCGCCUCACUACGCUGAGGUCCCAGACAAUGGCCCAGUCCGGAGUCAAGGCCACUGGAGGUUCCUUCUCUCUCAGUGCAUCUGGUCUCCUCUCCACUUCUUCUCACUUCUUCCCACCUCUCUUUCUGUCCCUUCCCCUCAGCUGUGUUCCUAUCAAAGCCCUCCCCCCGUCCCCCACGUGUCCCGUGUGGCUGCUGGUACAGCACCUUUCGAUGCCUCCCUCUUUGCCGGGCCGAGGGAGUGGACUCAGGCUCAGGGGCACAUUCCCUGCUCUGCUCCGGGAGAAGCCCCACCCCGCUUUGUGGGAAAUUCUUCCCGUCCUCUCCUCCCCACCGCCCCUUCUUGUGCCAUGGGCCUGCCUCCCCUGUGACCGGGGAAAGAUGAACAGCAAGAGAGGAAGGAAGGCCCAAACUGGUGGUCCCCAUGCCUGGGGCUGUCCUACCCCCCCGUCCCCAGCUUCCGCUGCACUUGGCUGCCUGCCCUCCUGCCUCUUGGGGGAACUGAGCUUCAGAGAAGAAAAAAAAUGUGAGGGGUGGCAGGGAUAAAACAUCACCUCCAUUCUCUACCUGCCGUGCAGCAUGUACACUAUUUCUCCCUGCCCCCAGGCUCCCGAAUUUAAAGAUGUGGACCAAGGCCUGAGGGCACUGCAGGGGCAAGGAGAGCCCUGGGGCCAAUCACACGCUCCAGGAAGGGGAGUGUUUGGAAGUGAAGGACCAGCUCCUAUAUAUCAGGUUAAGAGCCGGGACAGCAGUUUGCAAACCAGAGGGGAAUUCGGCAGCAGCAGGGAUUCCUGGGCCCCAUCUUCCAUUUCUUAUGUAAGAAGGACGCUUCCCCACCACCCGGGCAGGUGAGAGGUGACAGAACCACGCUGGUGGUCUUUCACCGAGCCCAGCCUUCCGCUCUCAAGGUUUUCCCGAGACCCAAAGUUUGUGGGAGAAGGGCAGGGAGCUCAUGGGCAGAAAGCAGGCAAGCCCUGGGUAGGAACGCUUGGUGCUGUUCCCUUCAGCCUUCAAGACCAAGUGCUCAUCUUGUUCCACUAGCUCCUGACUCAGAGGCCUGAGGGUUUGCCAACGGCACUGUGGCUACAGGUGGAGGGAAGCGGACUCCCUCCUCCAGGGCGCUUUGUUUCAGGAAGAAGUUUCUUUAACCCCAUAUGGUCCAAGAGUCGUUUGCAGGAGGCCCUUUAAGGAGGGAACAAGUCAGUUACCAGCCCUAGUAGGGUUUCUCCCCACCUUCCCAAGAUGGGAGAAGCCUAGGGAGGAAGAUCGGUCUUCAGCUGCGUUGCAUGGCUGCCACUGGAGUGAAAACAAAACUGGGCAUCAAACAUUCACUAAUUAAGGACUAAAAUCCAGGACACACACUCGUGAAGGAUUAAGAGCCCCACUUCCUUACUCCUCUGAAAAAAUGGGUGGGUGAUGAAAUCGCCAAACCUUUCCUCUGACUCUUAUCAAAUCGGGAGAGGGUAGCUCAGGAUGAAGGAAUGGGGGAUGGGUUAUCGUAGUGGAAGGAAAAGGAAGGCAGGAAUAGUUAUAAAUCAUCAGCUAAUGAGAAAUGUAAAGAGCUGACUCUUUAGGACGAAGUCACGACCACAGCUGAGGAUGUUUCCUUGAGGACUAGCUCCUCAGGUGUUAAAACAUGCAGCAUCACUCUGGGGUGGGGAGGUCAGCAGUGCCAACCCUUGGUGUGCCCUUAGCCAGGAACUCGAGGGAGGGGAAGUUGUACUGGCCAUUGGCUCCAACCUGUGGUCAGUGUUGCUGCUUUCCCUGAAGAUCUGGCCAAGCACCAUUGCCUUUCUCUCCUAGCCCCCUUGGGGAAGAGGGACUAUAUUUUUACUGUACCCUAGGGGUUCUGGAAGGGAAAACUUGGGAUCAGGAUUCUAUGGCCUGAGAAGCCCCAUCCAUAAGGGCCACAGCUGGGGAGAGGUAUGGGGCAGGAGGGGGGGUUGGGAUUUUAGGGUGCAGCUAUGCUCAUGAGGUACCAGAAUCAGCCUCUCACCCCUAAACUUCUCCAGUCCCGGAGGUAGCCUGGGACCCGGCCUUAGACUGUUGAGCAGGUGCGCCUGCCUGUUGGCUCCUCACCACCUUUGCACCUGUCGUCUUGAGGCUUGGCACAGCCCUAGGCUCUCCACCUGCUCCUGAGCCCCACCAUCUCCCUGUGACGGGUAAACUUCGUGUGCUGUGUCUCGGGUCCAGGAUAUGAAUUGUGAGCAGGGUUCAUCUAUUUUAAACACAGAUGUUUACAAAAUAAAGAAUAUUUCAAGUCACAGGUGUGACUGCCUGUGUGAAUCCCUGGGAGUAGAUCUCACUGGGACCCUGGCAGUUCAGGGGGAGGGAGAGAGGCAGUGCUGGUAG